AUGACUCCAAAACACCUUGGAAUCAUCACGGUGCUGCGUUUUGCGGAUAAUCGAAAGCUUCACGCUGGCGCAGUUCACGAUGCUGCUGCUGUCCUAAUCGACAAUGUUUCCAAGGGGGAGCAGGGGCGCCAGCGGAACUGGUCAGGUCAAGCUGCUCUCGCCUGGUGGAUAAAGGGUUCGGACAACAACAAGUACGAAGAUCAACGAUUCGAUUCCCGACAACUACGACAAAAUACCGAGGGGCGAGGUUUGCAGCAGGCGCCCGAGGGUCAGGUCAAACUGCAGCCCCCCAAUCCGACGCCACAACGCCAAUAG